CCGUUCUCCCGCGCCUAAUUCGGCUUCGUGGCCGUGCGUUUCCCCGGAGCUGGCUUGCUCACUGCUGUUCGGUUUUCCUGGCGCGAGUCCCGCUCCUUCUUCCCGGGUAGAAGACAGCCUCGGGUCCUGGUGGUGGGGCUCUGAAGAGUCCAGGCGUGGGAGUUUGGAAUCAAGUGAAUUUUCUGACGUACCUGAACACAGGACCCAGGGAUACUUGGACAGGAACCAGGACCCAAAGGAGCUGGACUGAGGAUAAAAAUGAGUCCUUCAGAUGCACUUGAUGAUGAAAAUACAUUUAAAAUCUUGGUUGCAACCGAUAUUCAUCUUGGAUUUAUGGAGAAGGAUGCUGUCAGAGGAAAUGAUACAUUUGUAACACUUGAUGAAAUUUUAAAACUUGCUCAGGAAAAUGAAGUGGAUUUUAUUUUAUUAGGUGGUGAUCUUUUUCAUGAAAAUAAACCCUCAAGAAAAACGUUACAUACCUGUCUUGAGUUAUUAAGAAAAUAUUGUAUGGGUGAUCGCCCUGUACAAUUUGAAAUAAUCAGCGAUCAGUCAGUCAACUUUGGUUUUAGUAAGUUUCCAUGGGUGAACUACCAAGAUGGCAAUCUCAACAUUUCUAUUCCGGUGUUUAGUAUUCAUGGCAAUCAUGAUGAUCCCACAGGGGCAGACGCACUCUGUGCCCUGGAUAUUUUAAGUUGUGCUGGAUUUAUAAAUCACUUCGGACGUUCAAUGUCUGUGGAGAAGAUCGAUAUUAGUCCAGUUUUGCUUCAAAAAGGAAGCACAAAAAUUGCUCUUUAUGGUUUAGGAUCCAUUCCAGAUGAAAGGCUUUAUCGAAUGUUUGUCAAUAAAAAAGUAACAAUGUUGAGACCAAAAGAAGAUGAAAACUCUUGGUUUAACUUAUUUGUGAUUCAUCAAAACAGGAGUAAACAUGGAAGUACCAACUUCAUUCCAGAACAGUUUUUGGAUGACUUCAUUGAUCUCGUUAUCUGGGGCCAUGAACAUGAGUGUAAAAUAGCUCCCACCAAAAAUGAACAACAGCUCUUUUAUAUAUCCCAACCUGGAAGUUCGGUAGUUACCUCUCUUUCCCCAGGAGAAACUGUAAAGAAACAUGUUGGUUUGCUGCGUAUUAAAGGGAGGAAGAUGAACAUGCAGAGAAUUCCUCUUCACACAGUGCGGCAGUUUUUCAUGGAAGAUGUUGUUCUGGCUAAUCAUCCAGACAUUUUUAACCCAGAUAAUCCUAAAGUAACCCAAGUCAUACAGAGCUUCUGUUUGGAGAAGAUUGAAGAAAUGCUCGAAAAUGCUGAACGGGAACGUCUAGGAAAUGCUCGGCAGCCAGGGAAGCCUCUUAUACGACUGCGAGUGGACUAUACUGGAGGUUUUGAACCUUUCAAUAUUCUUCGCUUUAGCCAGAAAUUUGUGGAUCGGGUAGCUAAUCCAAAAGAUGUUAUCCAUUUUUUCAGGCGUAAAGAACAAAAGGGAAAAAUGGGAGAAGAGAUCAACUUUGGGAAGCUUAUCCCAAAACCUUCUUCAGAGGGAACAACUCUAAGGGUAGAAGACCUUGUAAAACAGUAUUUUCAAACUGCAGAGAAGAAUGUGCAGCUCUCUCUGCUUACUGAAAGAGGGAUGGGAGAAGCAGUACAAGAAUUUGUGGACAAGGAAGAGAAAGACGCCAUUGAGGAAUUAGUGAAAUACCAAUUGGAAAAAACACAGCGAUUUCUUAAGGAACGUCAUAUUGAUGCCCUAGAAGAUAAAAUCGAUGAAGAGGUACGUCGUUUUAGAGAAAGCAGACAAAAAAAUACUAAUGAAGAAGACGACGAAGUUCGAGAGGCUAUGAAUAGGGCCAGAGCCCUCAGAUCUCAGUCAGAGGACUCCGCUUCUGCCUUUAGUGCUGAAGACCUUAUGAGUAUAGAUUUUGCCGAACAGGAGGCUGAUGACUCUGAUGACAGCAUCUCAGCAGCAGCCAACAGAGGAAGAGGCCGAGGCCGAGGCCGAAGAGGAGGGAGAGGGCAGAAUUCAGCAUCAAGAGGAGCGUCUCAAAGAGGAAGAGGUGCUGGUCUGGAGACUUCUACUCGUGGCAGGAGCUCAAAGGCCACUGUGUCAACAUCUAGAAAUAUGUCCAUUAUAGAUGCCUUUAAAUCUACAAGACAGCAGCCCUCCCGAAAUGUUGCUACUAAAAAUUACUCAGAGGCGAUUGAGGUGGAUGAAUCGGAUGUGGAAGAUGACAUUUUGCCUACCACUUCAAAGACAAAACAAAAUCUCAGGUAUUCAGCUACAUCAUCCAGCAAACACAUGUCCCAGAGCCAGACAGCUAAAGGAGUCAAUUUUGAAUCAGAUGAGGAGGACGACGAUGAUCCUUUUAUGAACAUUAGUUCUUUAAGAAGAAACAGAAGAUAAUACAUUUAAUGGCACUAAGAAAUUUUAAAGAUACAUUUAAAAAUGAAAAUAUUGCAAGCUAAGAGUUUACAGUUAAAGGUUUUUUUAAGAAUUGCUGUUAACUGAAGUAUUCGAAAAAGACCUAAUAGAAACUAAUGUAUAAGAAUUUAUAUUUUUGAAUAUCACUUCUAGAACACGACUCUAUUACUUAAGAAAUUUCCCCCCAAGGACAUAUAUAAUAGCAUUUGGUUCUUCCUAUUUUUUAAUCUCGUUGUCACCAUUACUUGAGAUCCUCUAUAAAAUUUAGAAUAUUAUUUUCCCUAUAUAUGUAACUAUGUGUCUUAUUGAGUAAGAACUUUAAAUACCAUUCUUAAUUAAGGAUUAAAGUAAAUCUACCAUUAUAUAUAUUUGUAUAGAGACUUUGUCAAUAUCUUUUUGUUUUUUGGGGGGAGG